GUCUUUGUUGAUUGUCAUAAUAGAAAAUAAAUUAAGAAAAUGAUACAAACAAAUCGUUUGUUAAUAAAAAUAGAUUAGUAUUUGAAACUUUUAUCAGGUUGAUAUUCUAUACAUUCGUUACCUUGGUACUAAUUUCGUGACAUAUUCAAAGUUUAUAAAUAAAUCUUUCAAUAGAGGUACCAAAAAAUGAAAACUGCAUCAGUAGAUUUAGAUAAAAACCUCAAGUCUUGUAGGAUUUGUUUAACUCCAAAAAACAAUAUGAGUUGUUUAUUUAAUGGAAAGUUUCUAGAUAAUAUACAAUAUUGUACAGGAAUUAGGAUAAUAAAAGAGACCAGACUGCCGAACCAAAUAUGUAGAAGCUGUCAAAACAGCUUGAAACUAGCUCAUAAGUUCAAAAAAAUGUGCAUUCUCACUGAACAAAUAUGUAAAAAUCUGUUAAAGAAUAAAAUUAAGGAUGAACCUGACGAGUCCAAACAAACUGUUAAAAUUGAAAUUGACAACUGUGAUAAUAAUGGAGAUGAAGUAGAACAUAACAAGAAUAUAAAAAAGGACCAAUUAAAAGAAAAUUUUGAUAUUCUUGAGGAAUAUAUUAAUGACAAUAGCUUAAGUGACCUUGUGUCUGAAGACAAUAUAACAGAGGAUUUUAAUGUUGAUUCUGUGAACGAAAAUAAAUUUAAUAACAGUUUUCAUGAUGCUGACAAAUCAACUUAUGAUUGCCAGGAAUUACCCAUUGUCAAAAAGGAGAAAUGUGAUUAUGAACCAAGUGAAUACUUACCAAUUGAAUAUGAUGGUUUGGAAAUCAAAAAUAUUUCAGAAAUAUCACAUACAGAGGCUAAACACAGGACAACCAAGAAAAAACAAGUGGUUAAAAAACGUGGUCCGUACAAAAAGAAGGGCACCGUCCCAGCUCGGAGGAAGAAGUUCAAGUUCAUAAAGCUGUUCUGCGAGAGCUGCCAGCUCAAGUUUGGGAGCAAGGAGGAGGCAGCUCAGCACCGGGAGACAGUCCACAAGGAGGCUUGGUCGUUUAUGUGCGAGGUAUGCGGCAAGUUGUUCGUCCAUCGAGGCUCGCACUACACGCACCUGCGCACGCACCGGCCGCCCACGCACGCGUGCACGCACUGCGACUACCGCACCAACAACAAGUACGACCUGGCCAAGCACCUGCUCAUACACGCCGGUGAGUCGACGCGUGCGUGCGUGCGUGCGUGUCACACUGUCAGUACACCGCGGCUCGCACUACACGCACCUGCGCACGCACCGGCCGCCCACGCACGCGUGCACGCACUGCGACUACCGCACCAACAACAAGUACGACCUGGCCAAGCACCUGCUCAUACACGCCGCCGCGGCUCGCACUACACGCACCUGCGCACGCACCGGCCGCCCACGCACGCGUGCACGCACUGCGACUACCGCACCAACAACAAGUACGACCUGGCCAAGCACCUGCUCAUACACGCCGGUGAGUCGACGCGUGCGUGCGUGCGUGCGUGCGUGCGUGUCACACUGUCAGUACACCGCGGCUCGCACUACACGCACCUGCGCACGCACCGGCCGCCCACGCACGCGUGCACGCACUGCGACUACCGCACCAACAACAAGUACGACCUGGCCAAGCACCUGCUCAUACACGCCGGUGAGUCGACGCGUGCGUGCGUGCGUGCGUGCGUGCGUGUCACACUGUCAGUACACCGCGGCUCGCACUACAGGCACCUGCGCACGCACCGGCCGCCCACGCACGCGUGCACGCACUGCGACUACCGCACCAACAACAAGUACGACCUGGCCAAGCACCUGCUCAUACACGCCGUACACCGCGGCUCGCACUACACGCACCUGCGCACGCACCGGCCGCCCACGCACGCGUGCACGCACUGCGACUACCGCACCAACAACAAGUACGACCUGGCCAAGCACCUGCUCAUACACGCCGGUGAGUCGACGCGUGCGUGCGUGCGUGCGUGCGUGCGUGUCACACUGUCAGUACACCGCGGCUCGCACUACACGCACCUGCGCACGCACCGGCCGCCCACGCACGCGUGCACGCACUGCGACUACCGCACCAACAACAAGUACGACCUGGCCAAGCACCUGCUCAUACACGCCGUACACCGCGGCUCGCACUACACGCACCUGCGCACGCACCGGCCGCCCACGCACGCGUGCACGCACUGCGACUACCGCACCAACAACAAGUACGACCUGGCCAAGCACCUGCUCAUACACGCCGUCGACGCGUGCGUGCGUGCGUGCGUGCGUGUCACACUGUCAGUACACCGCGGCUCGCACUACACGCACCUGCGCACGCACCGGCCGCCCACGCACGCGUGCACGCACUGCGACUACCGCACCAACAACAAGUACGACCUGGCCAAGCACCUGCUCAUACACGCCGGUGAGUCGACGCGUGCGUGCGUGCGUGCGCGCGUGUCACACUGUCAGUACACCGCGGCUCGCACUACACGCACCUGCGCACGCACCGGCCGCCCACGCACGCGUGCACGCACUGCGACUACCGCACCAACAACAAGCAUCAAGAAGUGGCAGUGCGCGCGCUGCCCCAACAGCUACCACACCGCGUCCAACCUGCGCGAGCACGAGCGCAGCGUGCACGAGCGGCUGCGGCGGCACGCGUGCGGCGCGUGCGGCAAGGCGUUCUCCGACCGCACGCACCUGCGCCGGCACCAGGACUCGCACGACCGCGUCAAACGAUUCGAGUGCGACGUGUGUCGAACCGGCUUCAGUCGGCGUUGCCACUGGAAGAAGCACUUAUUGAAGCAGCACAACAUCGUGGUACCUCCGAAGCGGCCCGGCAGGCGCGCCGGACAAACCGCUGAGGAACCCAUAAAGACGUCAGCACUGCUCAGCGCACAAACCGAUCACGUUAAACCCGAUUAACGCCACGCCACGAAUCGUUAAGCCACGCCACGAACGGUUAAACACGCUACAUCACGCGCCAUUUUAGGCAACAAAACAGUCCCCAACUGGGUACACCUCGCCACGACACGACGACGGUACGCCACGACACGUUAACACAACGCUAUGUCUCAUUCCAAACACUACAUAACUCUACAAAAAUCCACAUUACUCAAUUUACUUAUUCAAAUUUACUUUCUAGCUAUUAGUAGGGGACGUAAAAUUAAAAACUGCAGUUUCUAAAAAGUCGAUGGUUUUAGUUACAGUGUCUUGUCAUGAUACAGUGCUAGGUAGAACUUAUUUAGAUACACACACAUAAUUCAGGCAUCGCUGUCAUUAGAAGCAGCUGUUGAAACAGCACAACAUAGUGGUACCGUUGAGGAGCCCAUAAAGACUUCUGCGUUACUCAGCGUACAAACCGAUCAUGUUAAACCCGAUUAACGCCACGCCACGAAUCGUUAACCCACGACAUGAUAUAUUAACGCCACGUCAAGCGCCACUCCAGGCAACAAAACACUUACCCGCUCGUUACUACUCGCCACGACACGACAACGCCACGACACGUUAACACAACGCUAUGUGUCAUUCCAAGUCACUAUAUGGCGCCAAAAUACUCCACAUUACGUCAUGACACGACAACGCCACGUUAUAUGUCAUUCCAAGUUACUACAUGACGUCACAACACUCUUCAUUAAGCCAAGACACGAAAACGGACAACGCUAUGCCACGACUCGUCAAAGCAACGCCAUGUGCCAUCCCAAGUCACAAUCCACUUAUUACGCCGAGGGGUCUGCAGGCUCCACAAAUUUAUACAGAUUAGAUAGUUCACUAAUGAAACUCUACAUUAUCAGCGGGUCGCAUUUAUCCCCGUACUCCCACAGGAAUGGAAUCAACGCGGAUGAAACCGCGGGUUAUAUACUAUGGAGUUUAAUAAAUGUAUGUAAAAAGUUGAGAAAUUAAGUGUCUAUGAAUAAAAAGGUUGUACUGUACUUUGUUUUAUUUUAAAAUAGUUAUUUAUUAAAAUUAAAUACAAAAUGUUGAUGCAUAUAUUAUCUACAAAUUAAUAAAUAAGUGUUUAUAUGAAAGGUG